ACAAAGUCUUCGUCGUCGUCUUCUCCUCGAUUCCUCCUCCGGAGACUCUUUCAAUUGAGAAGUUUAAAACCCUUCCGUUGACGGGAAGGGAAAAACCUCGGAAGCGGGAGCGAUGGAGGAUGCUUUCAUAGUAGAGCCACCACUGCCGCAGACGAAUUCGGACGCGAAUGUCUUAUUGGACUCGGAUUGUCUUCAGGUUCCGCCUCUCGAUCCUUUUUGGGGUGAUCAAGACUUUGACGUAGCGGGAAAUUUUGAUAUAGAGUUAUGCUUCGACGAUUUUGAAGACCUCUACUUGCCCUCCGAGAACGAGCCAUUCCUCAACCCGAGCCGAUUCGACUCCACUCUAGAUCCUCUCCGGUGCGUUGAUCCGAACGCCGUUCAACCAGAAUACCAGAGUUUAUCUCCGUUUCCGAUUGAUCAAUCAUUCUCCUCAGAUCCUAACGAGUGUUUCAGUAAUGGUAGCCCUGACAUCCCCAUUUCUGUGUCGCCUGAGUCUGGGAACUCUGCAGUUCCCUGUAAAAUCCCCGGCGAUCUGGCUGGCUCUGGCGUUCAAUACCUGAAUUGCUCUUCGGAUGAAUCCGGGAAUUGUGGUCUUACUGAUGGUGGUCCAGCUAGGGGUUUUAAAGUUUCUUCUCCAGUGUCAUCUCAGGAUUCCAGGAAAAGCGGCUCUGGUGGGUCGGAAGCCACGAAUUCACCGUCAUCUCCAGAUUCUGGAAAUUUUGUGGUUGAUCAGAGGGUGAAGGAAGAAGGUUUGGGCAACAAUGGUAGCAUUACAAAGAGGAAGAAAGAGACUAGUGAUGACACAAAUGGGGACUCCAGAACUAGUAAAUAUCAAAGAUCAGAAACUGGUAAUAAUACGAGUGCACAGCAGCAGUCGAGUGACGAAGAAGAGAAGCGGAUGGCAAGGCUGAUGAGGAAUCGUGAGAGUGCGCAAUUAUCAAGGCAGAGGAAGAAGCACUACGUGGAGGAGUUAGAGGACAAGGUGAGAUCUUUGCAUUCUACUAUUGCUGAAUUAAACGGCAAGAUGUCCUAUUUUAUGGCUGAGAACGCAAGUUUGAGGCAGCAGUUGAGCAGCAGUAGCAUGUGCCCGCCACCUACAGGAAUGUACCCUCCAAUGGGGGGGCCUAUGUCGUAUCCCUGGGUUCCUUGUUCACCAUAUAUGGUUAAGCCACAAGGCUCUCAGGUGCCCUUGGUCCCAAUUCCUAGGUUGAAACCACAGAAGCCUGUUUCGGCAACAAAGGUGAAAAAGACUGAGAGUAAGAAGAGUGAAGGUAAAACUAAGAAGGUUGCUAGUGUUAGUUUUCUGGGUCUGUUGUUUUUUAUCUUACUAUUUGGUGGAUUAGUGCCCAUUGUGAACGUAAGAUUUGGAGGAAUUGGGGAUAAUGGUCCUGGUGGUGGGUCUGGUAUUGCAAGUCAUAGUUUCUAUGAUCAGCACAGAGGGAGGGUCUUGGAAGUCAAUGGUCAUUUAAAUAUUUCCCAUGAAAAUUUUGGCAUGGGAUGUAUUAAUGAGAAACUCCAUGUAGAUAGUAAUGCACACUGUGAAAAAGGUCAUAUGGGAGGGUCAGAUAAGGAGAGAGGAUUACAGCCUCUCUCCAGUUCAGAAGAGUUUGUCCAUUUUGGAAAUUUCAGUGAGCCACUAGUUGCAUCCCUGUAUGUCCCAAGAAAUGAUAAACUUGUGAAGAUUGAUGGAAACUUGAUAAUUCAUUCUAUUCUGGCCAGUGAGAGGGCUAUGGCCUCUACAAAGGAUCCUGAAAAGAAGAAUAAUGAGGAGACUGGUUUGGCCAUUCCUAGGCAUUCGGCCCCAGCUUUUGCUAUUCCUGAUGUUGGAAGCAGCAAAGCUACGCAUUCUCGAGCGUACAGAAAUCGAAUAGAAGGGCAGAGAGCUCUUACUGCUGGAUCUGCUGAUGCUUUGAAAGAUCAUUUGAAGUCAUCUGCAGCUGAUGGCAAAAUGCAACAGUGGUUCCGUGAAGGCCACGCAGGGCCCAUGUUGAGUUCUGGAAUGUGCACUGAAGUGUUCCAGUUUGAUGUCUCUUCCGCAUCUGCAGGAGCCAUUAUUCCAGCUUCUUCAGGAGCCAAUAUCUCUGCUGAACACAAUCAGAAUGUAACUCGUCUCAACAAGAGAAAGACUAGAAGGAUUCUUCACGGUCUUCCUGUUCAUUUUACUGCACCAAAUCAUAAUAGUACUAGAGAGAAUGUUGGAAGGACUGCUCAGGAAGGCAAUUUUCAGCCUAACAAAUCCAUUUCCUCUAUGGUCGUCUCUAUCCUUGCUGAUCCCAGGGAAGUUGGUGACGUCGAUGUGGAUGGUAUGAUUGCUCCAAAAUCGCUUUCUCGGAUUUUUGUUGUUGUGCUUUUAGACAGUGUUAAAUAUGUUACUUAUUCCUGUGUGCUUCCCCGAGCUGGUCCUCACCUAGUUACAGCUUGAGGAUUGAAAGCAAUUGGGAGCUCUUGAAUGACAGCUAGGUGCAGUUGCUCACCCCAUUUUUGUAAAUGAGAGAAUAAUCAGUUACUUAGGUAGAACUAUAAACUUCAUUAUACUUUAUACACUGGUUGCUCUUAAACAUGAGGAAUAUGUUAUCUUA